AUGGUAGAUUUCAGCUAUUUGCAGGCUAAGAUGCAGAACGUGCAUGUUUCUGAUUCAGUUGUAUCUGACAUGAAGACAGAGAUGGGGAAGAAAGAUGCAGAGAUCUUCAAGCUGCAGGAGAAGUAUAAAGUACUGAUGAACCUGACACAAUCUCAAGGCACUUGCAUCAGGAACCUGAAGUUUAAUCGUCUAAAAGAGAAGGAAGUGCUUAGUACAUCCACCAGGAACCUGCAAUUCCACGUUGAUGAACUCAAAAAAUCUGAGGAAAAGCUCACCCAGGAGAACACCCAGCUGCUCCUUCACAUGGGUGAUCUCAAGAAGGGGCAUGACAAGCUCACAGCAAGGAGGGAUCAGCUAAAGAUUCAGAUUGCUGAACUGUUGAAGUCAGAGGAGAAGAACAAGCAGAAAUUGAAGGGGAUCCUGGACAUCUUGUCAGAAUGA